UUACAUUUUUUGCCUGUCUAAAUACAAACCUCAUAGGCUACUAUUAAACCAGAACAAUAUUCUUUUAAUUUCUGUCUGUUUGCAGCCUCUAAAUAUUCACUUAAUCAUUAAAAAAAUGAUUUCAAGAUCUCUAUUAUGUCUAAGAAUUACACCCUCUAUUUUGAGGUCAUUUUCCACUAGUCAAACUCAUCAAAACUUUAAAAGUGGAAUAAGUUUGGACAAGUUGUACAGUUCCCCUCUUCAAAGCACUGAUGUCAAACCAACAAUUCCCAGCAAUGAGACUGCAUUUGGUGGCUACAUCCCUCUAGAUGAAGUGGAUAUCAGCUACAUGCGCAGCAGUGGGCCGGGUGGUCAACACGUCAACAAAGUCAAUACAAAAGUUGAUGUCAGAUUCCUGCUGAAGGAUGCCAAAUGGCUUCCUGAAUCAAUGAAGGAAAAUAUAAUGAAAAAGCACAGCCACAUGGUCACCCCAAGUGGCUACAUUAUCGUCCGCUCGGAUAAGACUCGAACACAGCAACUUAAUUUAGCAGACGCUCUUGACAAGCUGCGAGCUCAACUGUACUCAACUGUAGAGCGUCCUCCGGUCCGCCCCGACCACUACACAAUUGAGGUCCACAGGAGAAGGGCAGAGAAGGCUACCCGCGAGCGGCUGCGCGAGAAGAGAAUAAAGAGCGACGUGAGGCAGUUCAGGGGCGCUCAGUGACCACCGCGCUGGCUUCGCGAUUAUCUUAUAAAUUGUAUCAUGAAACAUGGCGAUGGAUAUUUUGGAAUAGAAUAGAAGUGUCGGCCUACGUCACAGAACCCUUGGGCUUUUACAGUUUUUGGAAUUUCUUUGAUGAACCAUAUGGAUGGAUAUUUUAUGUCAGAGAAAAACCUUGGGAUUCUACAGUUUUUUGAAUUUCUUUGAUUUAUUGCUUCUGCUUGAGUCACAAAACUCAAUUGAUGGUUUUAAGAUUUAUUGCUAUGAAUUUCUGAAGUUUCUUCAUAUUUCAAAUUAAUCAAGCGAAUGUUGUUCCUUUCACUUACAUUUAAACUUUUGAAAAAUCAGCCUGCAAUUUAAAACAAUGGCCGGCAUGAAGAAGCGAUUUUACAAUGUGAAUGUAUUUAUUAAUGAAAGUAUAAUUUUCUUCCAGUCUA